AUGACUCAAGUCGCCCACGGGUCCCUUGGCCCCAUCGGAUAUGGUCUCAUGGGCCUCACAUGGCGUCCCAACCCGGUGCCCGUUUCGCAGGCGAUUGAAGCCAUGAAGCAAGCUCUCGACUCGGGCGCCAACUUGUGGAAUGGCGGGGAAUUCUACGGCACGCCCGAGUACAACUCCAUGACCCUGCUCAACAAGUAUUUUACAGAGUAUCCAGAGGACGCGGACAAGGUGACACUCGUCAUCAAGGGCGGCGUAGACACCAAGACCCUUGUCCCUGACGGGUCGCCCGAGUUCAUACGCAAGUCAGUCGACAACAUACUCGCACAGCUCGGCGGCAAGAAGAAGCUCGACGUGUUCGGGCUGGCCAGGAGGGACAAGAUGGUGCCGCUUGCCACGACGCUGCGCGUCCUGCAGGAGGAGUACGUCGACACCGGCAAGAUUGGGGGCAUCGCCCUGUCCGAGUGCAGCGCUGAGACCAUCCACGAAGCCACCAAGACCUGUAAGAUUGCCAUGGCCGAGGUCGAGCUCAGCAUGUUCUCCCAGGACACCCUGCAAAACGGUGUGGCGGCAGCAUGUGCGCAGCACGACAUCCUCCUAAUGGCAUAUUCGCCCAUUGGACGCGGCAUCCUUACCGGCCGCUUUAGGAGCGCAGAGGAUGCCAAGCAUCUGGGCAUGGUCGGGUCGCUCCCGCGUUUCCAAGACGACGCCAUGGCGCACAACCUGAAGCUUGUUGAUCAGAUACAAGCCGUGGCCGACAAAAAGGGCUGCACGCCUGCGCAGCUGGCGCUUGCGUGGGUUCGAAGCAUCGGCAAGAAAGAAGGCAUGCCACUCAUCAUCCCAAUCCCUGGGUCGACAACAGCGUCCCGAGUCAAGGAGAACAGCACGGUCGUGGAACUCGAUGGAGCGGACCUCCAGGAGAUCGAGAAGCUGUUGGCAAACUUCGAGGUCAAGGGCGGCCGAUACCCCCCCGGCGUUCCUACCACGAUCUGA